CUGGCAUAGAGGACACUGGUCUGGGAGUGGUGGAGGCAACUAUCGCCGCCGGCGCCGCCCAGGACCAUGGCGAACAGAUGCCACCAUAUGCAUAGCUACGCACAGUCAUAUGAAUGACGUUGGUAGCAGUAUUUCAGGCCAGAACACAGACCCUGUCCAGUCCUUGUGCGCAGACCGCCAGCUAAGCCGUCUUGGCAGCCACCAGUCUACUUUGAUGCGGCGAAGGAGUGGUUCCGUUCUGUGGAGAAGGGUCCUGGUAGAUAUGCGGCUGCUCGUGUCCGUCACACCUCCAAUAUUUGCACUAAACUUUCCAGUUGGUGGGGAGGAUUGUAGGUGUAUGGAUGGCAAUCUGCUAGGAACGAAAAAAAGGCGGCACAGGACACAAAGGGGGAUUCUUUGGGUGUGUCUAUCCUGAGGGACUCGUAUAUUCUACUCUUGCAAUGGCCUCUGCGAAGGCCAUUCUCGACGAUCUCACGCGGUAUAAAUAAAGACGCAGCAGCAC